GAGCGCGAUGGCCUGCCGUGAUACGUGCUCGCCUGCUGGGCACGGGGGCGGUGCACGUGUGCCCCCUCGCCGGAGCUCACGUGUCCACCUUGACUUGACCUCUACGUGUGCCCCCCCAAAUCCGGAGCUUUCCGCUUCGUUCCGCCUGUCUCCUCACCAGAUCACUGCUACAGUACUAUCUGCCUGUCUGUCUUACCUCUUGGGGAAACGAGCCGGAGAUCAAACUUCCCUUCUCCAGCUCCGUCCAUCGUCGGCUCGCCGCAUGAGAUCGAGCGCCGCUCCAGCUCACCUCAUCUCCUCGUUCAUGGUUAUCUUCUGCACUGUGCGUUGAAUUCAGAGAGAACCUUGCGCUAGCUUAGCUACUCGACGACAGAGGCGCCGCCAUGGCUCGUUCUGGCGCACGGUAACUAGCAGCCAGGAAAAAAAAAAGGAGUCAUGGUGGUGACCUGGGGUUGCUGUUUCUUGCUUGGGGCCUGCGCGCGCGCGCUCCGUCGGCUGCUCCAGCUCCCCGCGCUCCUCUGCUGCGAGGCCAUGGUGUGGGCGCUAAGCUUCCUAGCCUUCCCGCUCCGGAUGCUCACCGCCGUCGACAGAGAAACAAAGUUGGGCGGGCUGAUUGGGGAGAUGCAGGCCCAGAUGGACGACCUGGUGUGGGUUAACAGGGAGCUGGAGGAGAAGCUGCAGGGGGCGCUCAGGGAGCAGGAGGCCAUGGACGCGCUUCUUGACGAGAUGGAGGACGAGAACGAGGACGCCUUUGCCAGGAUCCAUGCCCUCGAGACCCAGGUACACCAGCUCAAGGUGCUGAGGCAGGAGAACAUGCGGCUGAACGAGCACAAGGGGAAGUCCAUGUGGGACAAGCCGCCGCCGCCGCCGGCAGCUCGUCAUGGCAGCGGCAAGCCAUCGGAGCCUGAGAAGAGAUCGACGAGGAGCCCGCGGGGAGAGGAAGAAGCCGUGGCGGCGACACAGGAGGAUGCCAACGCCACCGCCGACCCCGCUUCGGUCCUGGCUCUGACGAGCGCACCGGCCACGGGCGACGAGCAGCAGGCGGCGAAAGUGGCCGCGCGUCGCCGGAGCCUGUUCAGCCUGGGCAUGUCGCUGGCGGUGGGCGCGGUGGCGUGGUCGGCGGACGCGCCGUGCCUGCCGCUGCUGGCGGGGCUCUUCGCCGUGGUGGGCGUGUCCAUGCGCACCGUGUCGCGGUGCUGCGCCGCGCUGCGCAGGGGCGGGCCCGCCGCCGACGCCGUGGCGCUGCUCGGCCUCAACUGGUUCCUCCUCGGCGUGCUCACCUCGCCCAUGCUGCCCGGCGUCGCGCACGCCGUCGUCCCGCGCGCCGGCCGCGUCCUCGGCCCUGCGCUCGCGUGGCUCGCCGCCGCGGCGCCCGCCUGACGACCAGAGCGGCAGCAGCAUGCCGUGCCGUGCCAUGCCAUGACGCCCGUUCUAUUGUUGUUGAGAUAGAUACUGGUUUCUGUACGCUGUGCCUCCCUCUAACGUGUUACACGUUCUAUGUACAACAGUGUGGUUUACCCGAGUUACCUUGCCGUUUUUACUCAUCGGCAUCAUCAUGAACUGAACACGAAGCUAGCUGCCAUUAAUGUAGUAACUAACAUUUGUUCCCAGUACAUUUCACAACUUAAUUUUUCUAACGGAGACACCUGGGUUCUCUGAAUUAGCGAACCACAAGAGAGUGACUGUCAGACAAACGGGAGGGACUCUGCUAUUGUAGGAAUAACUGCCAUUUCUCAUAUGAACAUGUCUCCGUAUCUGGUAGUAUGAUUAUACAUGCUUUGACAGAGUGACAUCCGCUGAAUCUUUACAUGAAAGGGUGAGAAA